AUGUCAUUCGGUGGUCAAACACCGACUAUUGUUGUCCUCAGAGAGGGCACCGACCAGUCGCAGGGUCGCGGUCAGAUCGUUUCCAACAUCAACGCCUGUCUCGCCGUCCAGUCAACCAUCAAGUCUACCCUGGGCCCUUACGGAGGUGAUCUCUUGCUCGUCGACGAGAAUGGCAAGCAGACCAUUACCAACGACGGUGCCACCGUCAUGAAGUUGCUCGACAUUGUCCACCCCGCCGCCCGUAUCCUGACCGACAUUGCCCGCUCGCAAGACGCCGAAGUUGGAGACGGAACCACAUCAGUUGUUGUUUUGGCCGGAGAGAUUCUCAAGGAGAUCAAGGAGCACGUCGAGCACGGUGUCAGCAGUCAGACCAUCAUCAAGGGUCUGCGAAGAGCAAGCACCAUGGCCGUCAAUAAGAUCAAGGAGAUUGCCGUCAACACACAGGAGAACAACCAGAGAGAGACUCUGCGGAAACUCGCCGCAACCUCGAUGAGCAGCAAGCUGAUCCACCGCAAUGCCGACUUCUUCACAAAGAGUAUGUCGCCAAUCUGUGCGCCCUCGCAGACGUCUGCUAACAUGGCCUACANNGUGGUUGUCGAUGCCGUUCUCUCACUCGACCAAAAUGACCUCAACAACAGACUGAUCGGUAUCAAGAAGAUCACUGGUGGUGCUCUGCAAGAUUCUCUGUUUGUGAACGGUGUCGCAUUCAAGAAGACUUUCUCCUACGCCGGUUUUGAGCAACAGCCCAAGGCCUUCAAGAACCCCAAGAUUGUCUGCUUGAACGUCGAGCUUGAACUCAAGAGCGAGAAGGAUAACGCCGAGGUUCGUGUCGAGCAAGUGUCGGAAUACCAGGCCAUUGUCGAUGCCGAGUGGCAAAUUAUCUACAACAAGAUGGAGGCUCUCUUCAAGACCGGCGCAAAGAUUGUUCUCAGCAAGCUGCCCAUUGGUGAUCUUGCAACACAGUAUGUUGAUCUGCUCACUCAUCGAAAAACACACAUACUGACUCUUGAUAAGGNNUACUUUGCCGACCGCGACAUCUUCUGUGCUGGUCGCGUGGCCUCAGACGACAUGGAGCGUGUUUGCCAGUCUACCGGCGCCUCAAUCCAAUCUACCUGCUCCGACAUUCAUGAAUCCCACCUCGGUACCUGCGAGACCUUCGAGGAGCGCCAGAUUGGUGGAGAAAGAUUCAACUUCUUCGAGGGUUGCCCUGGCGCAAAGACUUGCACCCUUGUCCUCCGUGGCGGUGCUGAACAAUUCAUUGCCGAAGUCGAGCGCAGUCUGCACGAUGCUAUCAUGAUCGUCAAGCGCGCCAUCAAGAACCAGAGCAUUGUUGCUGGUGGCGGUGCUUGCGAAAUGGAGAUUAGCAAAUACCUUCACACCUACGCCGACAGCAAGAUUCCUCACAAGCAGCAAAGCAUCAUCAAGGCCUUCGCCAAGGCACUCGAGGUCAUUCCCAGACAGCUUUGCGACAAUGCUGGUUUCGACGCUACCGACAUUUUGAACAGACUGCGUGUUGAGCACAGAAAGGGUAGCCUCUGGGCUGGUGUCGAUNUUCAGAACGAGGGUGUCAGAGACAACAUGGCCGCCUUUGUGUGGGAGCCCAGUCUCGUCAAGAUCAACGCCAUUCAAGCCGCUACAGAGGCCAGUUGCUUGAUCUUGAGCGUUGACGAGACCAUCAAGAACCAAGAAUCUCAGGCUCCUCAGGCUCCUGGCCAACAACUCNCCCCUGGUGCUGCCCAAAGGGCGAUGCGCGGCAGAGGAAGAGGCAUGCCCAGAAGGUAG